AUGCUCGAACAUCAUCAGCGUAAUGAUUGUAAAAAGCGUUCUGUUGAAUGUUCAUUUUGCGGUGCUCAAGUGACGACUUCAGAUAUUCGUGGUCAUCUGCUGUCGUGUGGAAACAAAACUGAAUUAUGUAAUCGAUGUAACAGAUAUAUUCUUCGAGCUAUAUUCACGUAUCAUUGCGAGAAUAACUGUCAUAAUCCAGACGAAGAAAAUGAAGAACCAUCUCCUCCACCACCAGUUCCUGCAAGAGCUACUACUGCAACAACCCAUCGACAGAACGAGAUUGAUAGUCCCAUCGAUAAUCGAAAAUUCGAGCGAAUAGCACGUCCAACUAUUUUUGACAGUGAUAAGGAGAAUGAAUCACAAAUGUCACAAUCAUUGAAAAAUCGUAUAAAUGAGUCGAUUCAAGAGCGAACAUUUGAUCGAACAUUACGUUCAGAUAUUUUUAACGAUAAUGGUAGACCACAAAGUUCUCAUUCAUCAAGACAUCAUCACGAUCGUGGAGGACGUUCAUCAGAGUAUGAUACAAGAGCUAUGGAAUAUCCAAUGAAUAAUACAAAUUUUCAAAUAGAUUCAAGUGGAAAAAUUCUUGGCAUAUCAUCAAAUAAGCAACAACAACGAAAUGACACUAGACCAAACGAUGGUAGAAAUGACCAAGAACAAACAAUCACAUGUGAAUUUUGUAAUCAACUUUGCGCAUUCGCUGAUUAUGAACACCACAAAGUGGGUUAAUCAUCGAAAAUUUUGGCUGCUAAAUUUACAAAAAGAGUCAUAUGUUUAGAAAUAUUGUUUACAAAACCGAAAAAUAAAGAUGAAUGAUCGAAAACGAACAUACACAGAUCAAGAUAGGAACAAUGGUAAGUAACAUAUCGCUUUAUAAGCC